AUGUCUCGGCAAUUCUUUGUACUUUUCGUCAGUGUAGUUCUUGUACAAUUUAGUGCAAGUAAUCCUAUUCCUGUGUCGACCAACAAUCAAGGUUCACUCUUUGAAACUAAAAAUACUCAUGCACCAAGCAAUAUUACUGGUCAUAAUGUAUCAAUCCCGCCCAAUUACUUAAUUCCUCUAUUCGGUUUCUCGCACUAUCAAUUUGGUAUUCACAAGGGGUCAGUUAACGCCAACUUUAUCGGAGUCGUUCAAAAUGUCACACGCGACGGACUCUUACAAAACAACUGCGACAUAUUCAAUGUUCAUCUUGUCAAGCUUGUAACGGACAUGCAUGUAACACGGGCAGGUGAAUGUCAGCAGAUCGAUGUCAACGGAUUCAAAUAUGUUUGGCAACAAUCAGAGGUUCAAUUAAGUAAUUCAGUAACUAUUUACAUUGACAUACCAAAAAAACAAUGA